CACGGCUGUCCUUGGAUCUUUGGAGUUUGGAUAUAACAUCGGUGUCAUCAAUGCGCCACAGAAGUCACUUGCUCCAACUUAUCUUGGCACUCCUUGCAGAUCAUUGAGGGGGACUACAAUGCAACAUGGAUGUACCGGUACGGGGAGCCCAUCCCCACGGGGACCCUCACCUCGCUCUGGUCGCUGUCCGUUGCCAUCUUCUCCAUCGGCGGCAUGGUCUCCUCCUUCUGCGUGGGCUUUGUUUCUGAAUGGCUGGGCAGGAGGAAAGCCAUGCUUAUAAACAACUUGUUUGCCUUUAUUGGAGGAAGUCUGAUGGGAAUGUCUAAGCUCUGCCGCUCCUUUGAAAUGAUGAUCCUUGGACGUUUUGUCAUUGGUGCCUACUGUGGAUUGGCAUCUGGCUUGACACCAAUGUACGUGGGUGAGAUAGCACCUACGAGUCUCAGAGGAGCUUUGGGGACGCUGCACCAACUGGCUAUUGUCACUGGCAUUCUCUUCGCACAGGUCCUCGGCUUGGAGUCGCUACUCGGCAGUGAGCACUUAUGGCCUGUUCUGCUGGGAUUAACUGUUGUGCCGACUGUACUUCAGAUGGCUCUGCUGCCCUUCUGCCCCGAGAGCCCCCGAUUCCUCUACAUCGUCCGGUGUCAGGAGCACCACGCCAAGAGUGGCCUGAGGAGGCUAACAGGCAGACAGGAGGUGGGCAACAUGCUGGCAGAGAUGAAGGAGGAGAAGCGGAGGAUGGACAUGGAGAGGAAGGUGUCCAUACCCGAACUCUUUCGCUCUUCGCUUUACCGCCAGCCCAUUAUCAUCGCCAUCCUCCUGCAGCUCUCCCAGCAACUGUCGGGGGUUAAUGCAAUAUUCUACUAUUCCACCAGUAUCUUCAUGAAAGCAGGAGUCCAGAGUCCAGUUUAUGCCACCAUAGGAGCCGGGGUGGUGAACUGUGCCUUCACGGUAGUCUCGCUUUUCCUGGUAGAGAGGACGGGUCGACGGACGCUCCACAUGCUAGGACUUGGUGGAAUGUGCAUCUGUGCCGUCAUCAUGACCGUGGCUCUUGCUUUACUUGACAGUGUUCCAUGGAUGAGCUACAUCAGCAUGCUUUCUAUCUUUGGUUUUGUGGCCUUCUUUGAGGUUGGCCCAGGUCCCAUCCCCUGGUUCUUUGUAGCUGAGCUGUUCUCUCAAGGUCCAAGGCCAGCUGCCAUGGCUGUUGCAGGCUUUUCCAACUGGACUGCCAACUUUAUUAUUGGCAUGUGCUUCCAGUAUGUCGCUGACCUCUGUGGGCCAUACGUCUUCCUGAUCUUCGCGGCUCUUCUUCUGUUCUUCCUCAUCUUCACAUUUUUCCGGGUACCAGAGACACGGGGCAAGACCUUUGACCAGAUUGCAGCCAAUUUUCACCAGCAUUCAGCUGGAGGGAUGAUGGAUAUGGAUAUGAGCAUAGGCAUGGGUAUGGACAUAGACAAACCCAGCACUGAGAUGGACUACUUGGGGGAGGAUACCAUGAACUGAAGAUGCCCCAUGGAACUGAGAAAAAUGGAACUGAGCUCAGCUUGAGAAAAGUUGGGUAAAGGGGCAUGACACCAAACUUUUAUUUGCUAAUAUGUAUAUUGAGAUCUUUAUUUUUUUUUUCACAUAGAUUGUGGUGAAAAAGCAGUGUUAAAAGUGUGUGACAAUUUGGGUGUUAUGGAAUUGUCCUUUGGUGGUAGCACUGCAGUACAGGGUUAAUAGUUAUGAAUUCUGGCUUCACUUGAAAGGCUACGAACCAGUGGAGUAAAGGUCGACUGCUGUAGUUUCAAGGGAAGAAGAUGCUAAUAAGAACAGCCUGUCUGGCAUUGACUGCCAGUGCAAUAAGACUUUAUUCCAUGGUGAUGGCAAUCAGUUGCAAUAUUGACAGAUGGGUGUGGAGAGACUUGGGGAUUCCUGCACUUUAUAAACAGAUAUCUACAGUUUUCAAAGUUUUUAGGCAUAGAAACAAUAGGAUCAGCAGCCAGGAGUGUGAUGGAGCAUGCCUGUUUUUACCAAAGAUGGGAACACACAUUUAAGAGAUUAACAUAUGAAUUGAUUUUUUGAUCUCCAAUGACAGGAAUCCCGUCGACACACUGUGGGUUUUGAAUCUUUUUUGGCGCCAAAUGAAGUGUGUCUGUAACACCCGGUAUUUAUAGCCGUUAUUUACUCAAAGCAGAUGUAGAAAAGGUAUGAUGGGUAGGUAGUGUUUUUGUUCUUUAAGAACAGGUAACAGAUGCAUUUAAUCAUGUUAUACUUUUAAAAACAGAUUUUAUGUGCUAUGUUCAUGUAUCCAAAGUGUAACCUGGCAUCAAUGUAAAAAUACCAGUCUGAAACUUCUCAAGGGGCAUUAUCAAGCGGACCAAAAUGCCUCUGGAGUCGAUUUCACAGACAUUGCUCUGAACUCCUCCAGAUAUUAGCCGAUGGAGGGGUCAUCCCAGGACACGAGUGUCACAUUCAUAUAGUCUGGACAGUUAAUGGUCUGUCCCUGCCAGCUUCUGUCCACAUGAUUUCAUUUGCACAAAUUACAGCAAAGGUCAUUCUAAGUUCAUGUUGAUUAUAAUCUGAUUAUAGUGUGACGCAGUACGGUGUGACCUGAAAGUGUAAACUGUCGUAACAAACUAUCGUUGUUGGAUGCAUGGUUGUGAUUGGCUCAGUAUAGGUAGUGCUCUGGGGAAAUGAGUUUCAGUAAAGAAACAAAAUUUUGCCUCAAAUUUGAACAUGAGCCUUCAUACUCCUCUGGUUGUUAGGUUACCAAAAGCGUUUUCUGCAUCAGUACCAAAACGCUGAUAUUUUGGAGUUUUCACAUGUGU